GCGGCCCCUCCAAUCAAGAAACCUUCUCUCGUCUUCAAAUCAGAGUAUCAGACUAUCCUUUAAAACUCCAUCACUACCGAUCCCAAUCUCCAAGUCACACCAUGAACAACCACGAGCUUCCUUCAAAGGCCAUCACCGCCGCCGGCGGUCUGAUCAUCUCGAAAACAGAAACGAUCCAAUCAUUCAUCUCCACAUCCUCCGACGAUCCUCACCUUUCCUCAGAACUCCGUCAAAUCGCUUCAUCCCUCUCCCUCCAAUCCCCUUCCGUACCCUACAAGCCUCUCCGCUCCAUAUGGGUCGCCUCCGAUCCGUCUUCCCGACCCGCCCUAUCGACCCUUCUUUCCGGAUCGCAGUUCAUCCUCAACAGUCCCCAACCUCGCGAAAAGAGUGAGGAGUUGAAAGCAAGACUCAAGAAAUUAGAGGAGGUGGCUGAGAGGAAGGCAUAUAAGGAGCUAGUGAAGGACAUCACCAGAAAGACUGAAAGUGAGCCUUUUUCUUCAUACAAAGAUCAGUUGGGAUUUGGUUUACAUGUUGCGCUAACGAUGUUUACAGGCUACUUACUUGGACAUUUUACGUUCCGAGCAUUGUUUGGUCACAGUCCAGUAAUGACUGCUGCUGGAGGCAUCCUUGGAUUGGUGGUUGGUAUGCUUGUAGAAACACUUCUUUUCAUAAUUAGGAGUUCUAGUCAAGAUCGCAAGAAAACAAUAUCCAUUUCCAACCUUAAAAAGAACCAAUAGAAUUGUAUUUUUAAUAUUAUAUUCAGGUUUCAAAAUCCAUAAUAUUACUUCUGUUUUUGUUUUUAAGAGGUAAUGUAUUAUUGUAUUCUAUUUGUAGUGCAUCUGGCCCAGAUAUCAAGCCCACAUUAGUUGUUCCCA